UGUUUUUUGCUCAUCUUAUGUAUUCGAGAUUCAUUCAUCAGAUUUCAGUUAUUCCAUCAGAUUACCUUCAUCAUCGUGCAUCAGGCUGCAAACGUAUUUUACUUGCUUAUUUUGAUAUAGCAUGUUUAAAAUGAUUUGGACAACAUCGGCUUUGUUUCCUAUGUUGUGUUUCAUAGUGCAAUCUGUACCUAUUCCUAAUAACUUACUGGUGACAGUACCGAAUGGUGCAAUCCAGGGAGCAGCCUAUUCAACAGGAAAUAAUAUAAGUUAUUUCGGAUUUAGAGGUAUUCCUUUUGCUACCCCUCCCAUAGAUGAUUUACGAUUCGAGCCUCCACAGCCAGCUCAACCGUGGACUGGAAUUUUGGAUGCAACACAGGAUGCAAGUGGGUGCAUUUCGAUAUUCUAUGGCGACAGUACAGUGGUUGAAAGUGAAGAUUGUCUAUAUUUGAAUGUUUAUGUUCCCAAUGUUCAGCUUGCGGAAGAUUUUCCCGUGAUGUUCUUUAUUUUUGGAGGCGGUUUUCGUGAAGGAAAUUCCUCCAAACUGUUCUACGGUCCCGAUUUCUUGAUGGAGCGAGGAAACGUAAUUUUAGUUACCUUUAAUUAUCGCCUAGGUGCGUUUGGAUUUAUUUCAACUGAAGACGAGGUGCUACCGGGAAACGCAGGAUUGAAGGAUCAAAACUUAGCCUUACAGUGGACAUAUGAAAAUAUUAUCUAUUUUGGCGGAGACCCCAAUAAAAUCACAAUUUUUGGAGAAAGUGCUGGUGGUGCGUCAACAGGAUUGCACUUAGUCAGUAAGAAAUCUGCAGGCCUGUUUAGAGCAGCAAUAGUUCAGAGUGGAUCUGCCGUUAACUCUUGGUCCAUAUUAAGAGAUUCGAAAACCUUGACAUAUAAAUUAGUGAAUGGCAUACCUGGAGGCAAUAUUGUAAAUACAAGCCAAGAACUUAAAACUUUCUUGAAAUCUCGCAAUGUUACAGAGAUUAUGGCAUCAGAGAAUGCUAAUGAAAUUUUGUUUGGACCAGUGUUAGAACCACCAAACGAAAAUUCCUUCUUAAGCGAGUAUCCUUAUCAACUACUUGACACUGGCGAUUUUAAUCAAGUUCCAAUUAUAAUCGGAAUUUGCGCCGAGGAGUCGCUUCUGUUUUUAAAAGAUCUGCAGACGACGGCGCUGGCUGCUAAGAACGCCGACCUUUAUCCAGCUCUCCUUAUUCCUUCCGACUUGCUGCCCAACUCAACUGAUGAGGACAUUGUUGCCGAAGAAAUUAAAAACAUUUACCUUACAGAUAAUCAAACUUUUUCAAGCAAUUUAACCGCUUACGCUGAGUACCUGUCAGACGCUGGAUUUGCCGUAGGCAUUCUUAAGCAUGCACAACUAACAUCCAACUAUAUGCCAGUCCACUUAUACCGAUUUGCUUACUAUGGAAGACCAGUGGCUAUUCCAUUCCUUGAAGGAGCAGAAAAAGCCACACAUUCAGCUGAAAUGCCAUUCCUCUUCAACAUCAGCACGUACAGCAACACUAGUGACUCUCAAGACUUACUAAUUCAAAAGCAGAUAACUACUCUUUGGGCCAAUUUUGCAGUAUAUUUAAAUCCGACUCCUGAUGAAUCCAAUCUGCUGACUAACCUAAUCUGGCCUGCCUUAGAUGACGAGCAGUCAUUCCUAAAUAUAAAUAACACACUCGAGGUUGGAACACAUCUAAAAGAAGAAAUAUAUUCGAAAUGGAGUUCCAUUUACGAGACUUACGGGAGAAAGCCAUUCAUUACUUUCUAACAUGAAUUAGAAAUCAAGUUUGGAUCAAGUUUUUAUCACUUAUCUACAAAAUAUGUUAAUAAAUAUUCAUAGGGAAUAUGAUAGCCUGCUUGAAGUUAAAAUCCAAGUUGGAAUAAAACAUUUGAGCAGUUAUAAAUAAAUAUUUUUAUUAUGU